CGCUCCCUCCGGAUCCCGCGCCCCGCCCCGCCGCCGCCGCCGCCUACUGCUUGCCCACGAAGAAGAGGGUGUGGGCGCCGGACCCGGAUCUCACGCCCCUUUUGCCUCUCGACCUCAACGCCGAGUACAAGCCUCGUGUUCUCGAAGUUGGGUUCGAGGCAGAGGAGGAGAGGGCUUCCCACACCAAGAAAAAUUAAAGAAGAAGGUGAGGGAAAGGAGGAGCCUUUGGUUUUGGAGCCUAGCGCUCAAGCAGGGGUGACGAUCAGCAGUCGAGAAGAUCGAGUGGAAACGAAGGCGGAGGAAGAGGAAGGAAGAGGAGAAGAGAGAAAUGGUGAUGGGAACGAGGAGGAGGAGGACGGGAUCGUCUGUGCUAUCUGUCAAAGUACGGAUGGAGAUCCGGAUGACCCGAUCGUGUUCUGCGACGGUUGCGAUCUGAUGGCGCACACCACUUGCUAUGGGAAUCCUCUCGCGAAGGGUGUUCCGGAAGGCGACUGGUUCUGCAAUCAGUGCCUGAUUUCUAACGCUUCCGAAAGCAAAGUCGAGUCCUUUUCCUGUUGUUUGUGUCCGAACAACGGAGGCGCUUUGAAGUCCACCAUCGAGGGCUCGUGGGCUCAUGUCGUUUGCGCGCUGCUUGUCCCCGAGGUCUUCUUCGAGGACCCAGCAGGGAGAGAUGCGAUCAAUUGUUCCAAGGUUCCGAAGAAGAGGUGGGGGAAGAAGUGCUAUGUUUGCCGAGACACAAACGGGUGCGCCAUCGAUUGCUCCGAGCCGAAGUGCCCUUUGGCUUUUCACGUCACUUGUGGGUUGCGUCAGGAUCUCUGCAUUGAGUACCGCGAAGGGAAGAGGAAUGCUGCCGUCGUUGCUGCUUUUUGCAAGAACCACACCGAAUUGUGGAAAAAGCAAGAACGGACAGGAAAGUUCAAGAUUGUAGCUAGGGAAGAGCAGCAGUAGCCGGACCAGGAGCGAAAAAGUUAUAUGUUGUGGCAUUAUUGAAAGUCUUGCUUUGCGAAAUGGCUAAAUGAGAUUUUCAGUCCUGGGAAAGUUAUUAGUUUGUAGUUUUGUAGGUUCUUUCAUGCUUUUGACUGUAAUGCUUUUUUUUUUUUUUUUUGGGGUCUAAAGUAGUCUAAUGCUUGAAUGACUGGUAAGAGUCGUAAUCCUUUGCUCAGCAUUUCUUGUUGUCAAGCUAAUUUCAAUGAAAUUUCUUUCUUCAGCAAAUCAGCUUCCACUUUAGAUGCAAUUGGCUGGUGUCCCGUGUCCUACUAAAGUAAAGGUCUAUUUCAGCUGUCAACCAUAUAUCCCAGGACAAUACAUCUAUUCUUUUUCUGUA